GGUGUUUCUGACAUUACGAAUGUAAACAAAACAUUUUGUUUUCCUCGUUGAGCAACGCAUGAUACGAAAAAGAACAACGUUUUCAAUUGGGAAAUUUUUUAAGUACACCAAAGUUCAGAUACAAAUGCAAACUAAUACCAGCCUCAAUUUAUACACGCUACCGCUAGAGCUAGUAGAGAACAAUGUUUAUCAAAAGUGUUUACUUCCCAAAGAAAUAUUUAAAGCAAGCGGUUUCCAUCCAGGGGAUUGGGUGAAAUGCACAGUGGCAAAAAGGAGUACCCACGGGUUUUCAAUAUGUCAGGUUUACCCGCGUGAUAUCGAAGCGAAAUGUUGUUACAUGGACAAUAUUGUAGGCACAUUUGUCAGUGUAGAAAUCGAGGACAGAUUAAUAAACAUAAUAUCAAUUAAAACGUAUUGUAUAGAACACGUUGAGAUCUCGCUGGAACUAACGGCGAACUUUUUCAACAGCCGUCUUCGUAAAUCGCUUCCAAAUAUAUUAUCCAUAACCGCAAAGCAGAUCUUAGCUUCGCUAUACUUGUCGGUGGGAUGUGCUGUUCGCACUGCAGACGCUGCACGAUUGGGUAUAUCUGCCAUCUACAUUGAUUCUUGUUCUAAUGCAGAUGAAAAUGCAAUUUUCCAGUUGGAUAGUAACACUAAAGUUCAUAUUAGAGAUUUUCAUAUUGGCACAAAACCGAAUGUAUAUGGCCCACCACCAUUUUUCAAACAUGGUUAUGAGUUAGCCUGGAAUGAACUGGAGGAUUUAGUUGCUGCUUCGAAGCUAGGAAAUAAUCAAAAAAAUACGAAUGGUAUUAAGCCUCAAUUAAACGUACUACUCUGCGGACCGCCUGGUUGUGGGAAAACAUCGCUGGUAAAUGCAUUUUUGGUCAAGUACAAUUUUAAUUGCUUUCAUAUUGGCACAGAUUUACAACAAUAUGCUGGUGAGACCGAAGCAUCAUUACGUAAAAUGUUCGAUAAUGCAUUACACUUACAAAGCAAUCUAAAGCCUAAGGAUCCUACGGUUAUCAUCAUAGAAAAUCUUGAACUUCUGUGUCCUGCGCCAAACAAUCGCACGACCACCGCAGAUGCUGCAAAUUCAAACAGAAUCUGUGCGCAAUUGCUUAAAUUACUAGAUGACCUCCAUAAUACUCGUGCUGGCAUUUUUUGUAUUGCUACCACAUCUGACCCAUGCGCUAUAAAUGGUAGCGCACGUCGUCCAGGACGUUUUCAACAUGAAAUCACUAUUGAUUGGCCGAACGAACAAGCGCGUAGAAGGUUGUUCGAAGCAAUGUUUGAAAACAGUCAGAAAAUAAUGUUUUUUAAUCAUGCGAAAAUCGAUGCAGAACUUUUGGAUUUGGUUGCAAAACGCACACAAGGCUUUGUGUCGGGAGAUUUGGCUUUACUUGUACGAAAUAUUGAACAAAAACAACUGAGGAAAAAUAAUGUAUCCAACUUGGCAGUUUUGGUAAAAUCAGCAUUAAAUACGAUAAAGCCUGCUGCGGUACAUGCUGCCGACUUUGCUGUGCAAAAAAUUGAACACGGUUUUGAAUUUAUUGGCGGAAUGGAUAACUUAAAGCGUACCCUGGAAGUAAGCGUGCUAGCUGGACUACGAAGACGGGAAAAAUUUCGACAUUUUGGAUUAAAAUUGCCGAAAGGUUUGCUUCUAUACGGUCCUCCCGGCUGCGCUAAAACAACAUUCGCGAAAUGCCUAUCCAAAGAAUCCGAUAUGACAUUUAUCUCCAUAUCUGGUGCUGAGGUUUACUCACCCUAUGUCGGUUUCGCAGAAAAAUUUAUAUCAAGAUUAUUUGAUACAGCGCGAAAAAAUGCACCUUGUCUGCUGUUCUUUGACGAAAUGGACGCUCUAGCAGGUCGCCGGCCCAUCAGCUCAAACAAUUCAAGUGAUAUACAAGUUCGUGUACUGUCCACCUUACUGACAGAAAUGGAUGGCAUUAUUGAUGGAUCGGAUGAAAGUAAUCAAGAAAUACUUGUUGUUGCAGCUAGUAAUCGGCCAGACAUGAUCGAUGAUGCGCUAUUGCGUCCAGGACGUUUAAGUAAACAUAUAUUUGUGCCACCACCCGAUAUGCAAUCGCGUAUUUCUAUUCUUGAGCUACACGCUAAACGUAUGCCUUUUGCUGGAGAUGUAAAUUUGGCUCAAAUAGCUGAAGGCACAGAACAAUACACAGGUGCUGAUAUGUGCAAUUUGUGCAAUGAAGCUGCAUUGUUAGCCUUUCAACGGAUUGAAGAGACCAAUGAUGAUUGUAAAAUAACGGCAAAUGAUUUUGCUACUGCUUUAGAAAAUUCGAAAUCUUCGCUUUCGAAAAGUCAGAUGAACCUAUACGCGAGGUUUCAAAGUAAAAUGGAAACGAAAUCUUAAUAAUAAAUAUAAGAUAUAAUAUAUUCCAACGUUUACUUUAUUUUGUUCCAACACAUUUUGACCGUGCCAGAAAAUAUACAUAUGUAUGUAUACAUAUCCCAACGGGACUGAAAGUUAGCUGCUCCUAAAAGGAGCAAGUACGGAGCGGUACAAAAGCAAAGUAAAAAAUAAAUUUUUAAAUUAUUGUACUAUAGUCUAUUCACCACAAUAUUAAUUCUGUGGUCACAAGCAAUAACCGCCUAAGUCGACUUAAGAAAG